CGAAGGGAACGUGCCCUUCUCCUGGACUCGUGUUGCUGGCCAAGAGCCCCCCCCCUUCCCUGCCAGUUGAUUGCCAAUGUAAACAACAACCAAAGAAAAACCCAGGGAAACUUGUAUAAAAAUGUGUUGCUGUUUCCUUUCCACCCUUGGUCCUGUUACAAAUGUUUAAACUAGUUUAGAUUUGGAGCUUGAGAAGAACGAAGUCAAAACAUCGGCAGAGCUUCUCCUCUUUUGCGGUUGUGAACCCAAAAUUCUCAGUUCGAUUUUUUCUCUUGACUCUAUAGCGCCGUGUUGUUGGGCACUGCAAGAUGGCUAAUCCUCGUCACUGAUUCACAAAAGGAUAGGACGCAAUCAUCGGUGCAGUCACUGACGGUUCGUCAGCCGUGAGAUGAACGCCAUUCAUCAUCGCAUCCUCAGCCAUCACGUCAUUUCCAUCAUCAUCUGCAAAUCGCCUGCUUGAUGAUCAAUUAACGUGCUGCCAUCACCGACUUGCAGACAUCAUCACCGCACACACACACACACAUAAAAAGAAAAGGAAAAAUUGGAAGAAAGAGGGGAACCCGUUUGUCGGUGAGUCACCAAAGUGCCCGUGUGUGAAAUCAACAUUGGAUGAACAAAGACGUAAGAGACGAUCACUGAAGGAAGGAAGGCGAGGAUGAAAUCAUUGAAGCGGCCUGCAGGCAUUUUAUGCUUCAUCUGGUGUCUGUUGUCUGCCAGCGUCGCCUUGGCUGGAGCUCCGCCGAAGAUACGCGCGGAUUACCGCGCAAUCAUCCGCGCCAACGCGAUGGAUCGCGUUCAGAUGUCGUGUCCCGUUCAUCAGCAAUCUGGCGAUUCGGCUGGGCUCUUCAUCAGUUGGCUAAAAGACAACGAGUCGCUUCCCGUGAUGAUGAUACGAUUCGAGACGAAAGGAGCCCAUUUGAUGAUCGAAGAUGUCGAACCGGAAGACGCUGGCGUCUACGUUUGCAUCGCCACCAACGGCUUCGGAAGCCAAAGAGCUGCAAUUCAAUUAAUUGUCACAGAUCCUCAAACAGAGUCAACAACCGUCGCCGAUAUUGAAAACAGUUCCGACGACUUAUUGAUCGAGAAGUUGAGUUUCACAGAGGAGACGCUCCGCCAACCGAAUCGUGUGCGCAUCACGGCCGGAAGUUCCCUCGACAUCCAAUGCGUCGUCGCCGGUUAUCCGUAUCCGGAUCUCAUUUGGCUUAAAGACGGUGUGGUGUACAAACGAUGGCAGCAGCAGAAUGCAGCGGACGAAACGAGUUGGAGAACAGCAUCGCGUCUAACGUUGGCCAUCCGAAGAGCUGGGCCCUCUUCGUCGGCCAAUUACACGUGUUUGGCGCUCGGUUUGAAAGGCAAAAUGCAGACGACGUUCAUCGUUUCAGUCCUAGAUUCAGCUGUCAGCGACAUGAGCGAAGUCCACCCGGCCAACGUGACAGAGUUCAGAGGUGGAAGGGCCAAAUUUCACUGCUGGGUGCGCAGCACGUCCCUUCCGCAAGUCGAAUGGCUGAAAAGGCUUCCGGGCCAUCCCCUCCGCCCCGACUUGAGCCUCUACCCCAACACGUCAUUGGUCGUUGGCGAGGAUCACUACCAGAAGCUGGAAGGCGAUGAACUGGUGCGCAAGGAGGACGGCUCCUAUUUGAAAACCUUACAACUCGAUCCGCUAAGUGAAAACGAUGCCGGCCUCUACCUCUGCCUGGGCAACAAUCGCUACGGUUACACCAUUGAAAAGACUUACUUGAACGUCAAACCCAAUUAUGAAACAUCGAAAGAGUCGAAAUCGGUCCCGAUUUCGAUCAUGGUGGCGCUGCCUUCCAUCCUUUUAUUGAGCAUCGGUUGCGGCUUUGUUUGCUGGAUGCGGAGGCGUGAAAAACGGAGACGCCUGGCUGAAUUGGCGGCAUUGGCCACCGGCUGGAGCCACGGCCUUGCCAGCCCGCAGCAACAGCAAGAACAACAACAAGCGAUGCAAACAACAACUGAGACAACGUUGGGUCGAGGUGGUAGCGGUCACAGCAGCUGCCAUAGUCGGCAAACGCUAACGAGCGGCGCGGGGUGCCAUCAUCUUAACGAGGAGGCGGACACGGGCCUGGCUGUGGGCUCGCCCGCCGCUAAGCGGACGGGCGUCGAGAUCGACUGUCGCUCUGGCGGCCAGCAGCUGAAAGUGGACGACCUGCAGUCCAAUUAUUAUUUCCAGCCACAGCGACAUCAUCAGCUGGAACAGCAGCGCAACACGUCGUCAUCGCUGAUCAUCUAAAGAAUCUAAAGAAUUAAAAAUAAAAAUCAACAAAUAAAACCCAAAUCUGAUCGAUUCAAAAUGAAAGGAAGAAAAUCAAAACGCCUAAGGCAGUUGACCAAAAUUGCUGGACCCAGCCGCGUCCAUCAAGUUCCUCCUCUCUUCCCCAGUCGACCAUUAAUGAAUUAUCGACACGCGACCCCUUUGCCCGCGUCUGCCGACUUUCCCUAUUGACGGCCCAAGAAGAAGCGUCAAAUCCAAAAAUAAUAAAUACACACACACGCAACGUAA